AUGGGCCUCACGCAAGACCAGAUCAACAUCGUCAAGUCGACGGCGCCCGUGCUCAAGGUGCACGGCGAGACCAUCACGACGCUCUUCUACAAGGACAUGAUCGACUCGCACCCGGAACUCAAGAACGUCUUCAGCAUGCGCAACAUGGCCUCGGGCGAGCAGCCGCGCGCCCUCGCCCAGUCCGUCCUCGCCUACGCCACCUACAUCGACGACCUGCCCAAGCUCAAGGCCGCCGUCGAGCGCAUCGCCCACAAGCACGCCUCGCUGUACAUCCGCCCGGAGCAGUACGACAUCGUCGGUACCUAUCUCAUGAAGGCCAUCGGCACCGUCCUCGGCGACGCCCUGACCCCGGACAUCGCCGCCGCCUGGACCGCCGCCUACGCCCAGCUCGCCCAGGUCUUCAUCGGCCGCGAGGCCGAGAUGUACCGCGAGGCCGGGCCCUGGACCGACUGGCGCAAGUUCAAGAUCGUCCGCCGCAUCGACGAGUCCGACUCCGUCACCAGCUUCCACCUCGCCCCCUCGGACGGCAAGCUGCCGCUGCCCAAGUACCUCCCGGGCCAGUACAUCUCCGUGCGGGUCCCCGUGCCCCAGCUCGGCGGCAUCACCCAGCCGCGGCAGUACAGCCUCAGCGACGCCGCCGCCUCGACGGCGGGCGAGUACUACCGCAUCAGCGUCAAGCGCGAGGCGACGGUCGUCGACGCGCCCCAGGACGACGUUAGCAAGGGCCUCGUCCCGGGCCUCGUGUCGAACCUGCUGCACAAUGACUACCGAGUCGGUGACGAGGUCGAGGUGUCGCACCCGCAGGGAGACUUCUUCCUCGACACGGCGCAGGCGCGCGCCGACAAGGCCGACGCGCCGCUCGUGCUGCUCUCGGCCGGCGUCGGCGCCACGCCGCUCAUGGCCAUCCUCAGCACGGUGCUCGGCCCGGAGUCCGACACGCCGGACCGGCCGGUGAAGUGGGUGCACGCGGCGCGCAACAGCGGCAGCCUCGUCUUCGCCAAGCACAUCCGCGGGCUGACGCGCGAGCGGGCCAACCUCAGCGCGCACAUCUUCCUCAGCGAGGUGCAGCCGGGCGACGAGAAGGGCCGCGAGUACGACUACGAGCAGCACCUCGACCUGACGAAGCUGCCGCGCGAGGAGCUCGGCCUCGGCGACGCGAGGACCGAGUACUACGUCUGCGGGCCGCGGGACUGGAUGCUCAAGGUCCGGCUGGUGCUCGAGGGCCUGGGCGUCGAGAGGGAGAGGGUGAAGCUGGAGCUGUUUGCGACGGGUGACGUCGAGCAGUGA